AUGGAUAAAUUUCGCAAGGAUGGCUUUAAGCCUGAAGAACUUAAAAUCUAUUGGAAUGCAGAACAGAUUGAAACUCUCUGCCCCAAAGAAGGAGAACAGUCAGAAAUAAACCCCCCACAUGAUCCAUCAGAUAUCAAUGCUAUUGAAAAUCUUCGAAAGUUUCCUGUUUGUAAUCGAAAUCAUUGUGUCAAGAUUGAUUAUGUUAACAAAGGAAUUGAAAAAGCUGUUUUUGAUGUACCUGAAGGUGCUCAAAUUAUUGUUUUAAAUUUUGCGAACGAACAAUCACCAGGGGGCGGUUAUUUAAGACAUGCACGAGCACAAGAAGAAAUUAUUCUUUACAAUUCCGAUGGUUAUCGAGCAUUACUUGAUCUCAAAUAUACACGAAUGGGUGGUGGUUAUGCUAUACCUGAAUUUGGAUGUGCCUAUGUUCGUGAUAUACGCUUUUUUGAUUCAGAAUCAAACGAACGAUAUCGUUUAGCAGAUAUGCUGGUUUCUGCAUGUUAUUGUUUGAACGGAUCCGAGCUUUAUGAUAAUCCGAGAAAUUCUGAGUUGAGAAAAAAUAAUUUGGCUAAAUUUCGUGCAUUUAUGGCAGCAGCUGUUGCAAAUACAAUAGGUGAUGGUAGUAAUACUUAUCUUUUACUUGGACCUAUUGGUACUGGUGCAUUUGGAAAUGAUGUUGACGAUAUAGCUGAAUGUUUUCGUGACGUACUCGAAAUGCCAAUGAUGAAUUCGAAACGACCUAUUCGUUAUGCUUUUGGUCAUAUUUGGUUUGUUUCAAUAGAUGAUUGGAAAAAUGAUACUUUCAAGGAAAUCUUGCCUAAAAGUGAAUCUGAUAAUGUUGAACAAUCUUAA